AUGCGUCACAUAAACGAGUCAAAUACAAGUAAUCUCAAAAACCUCGUAGAUGAUUUCAUUUUAAAAGAUCCAGUCUCAGAUAAUCAAGGUGAUUUGCAACUGCAUCAUGUUCUUGUUGCCGUUCAUCUUGCUCUCACAAACGCCACUGCUCAAAUGGAGGAGAUAGCUGAACGAGUUCGUUCAUGUACUAUUACAGCCUUGGCAUGGUACUAUGUUGAUAUUAUUUCCAAAUUAACCAGUGUUCUUGUGCCAAAGAGUUUAGAAGGUGCGACAUCUUUGUGGAAAUGGGAGUUAAGUAGAUCGAACCGACUGUCAGGUGGAGUUACGCCCUGUUCAUGGACUGACGAAAUAUAUACUUCUGGGAUGAUGGCAUUUGUUUCCAUACUUGAAGAUGGACUAAUCCACUGGCAUGCAAUACAACAUGGUUCUGUAAAUAAUGUCAGCGAUUUGAAUUUACAAUCGUUCAAUGAUCCAAUAAAUUAUUACAUUGGUCGUUUGUCAUCGCGUAUUGCACUAGCAAGCAUGGUUGGAUUAGCAUCCGGUCGUCUUUUCUGUGCACUUGUAGAAAAUACAGGACUAUCUAUUCGCAGGCUGCUAGCUGAAAAUGAGCCACCAAAUAAUGCAGGCGGUAUACCAGAUGUGUUAAUCUUAUCUGCAGAAAAGAUAAUUGAAAGUGUUAAUGUACACAUGUCAAUUACUCAGUCAGUCAAUGUGCAGCAUCUCAGGCGUCCUGCAGCUAACCUUAUUCAUCGACUCGUUACUCGUUCAGAUCAAGAAAGUCAGUUUUCAGUCGACGUGGCUGCACUCGAAGCAGCAGAACAACAUUACAAACAUCUUCGUUUGAGCAUGUCAGCGUACAAUUGGAGGCAUAUGACACAAGAAGAUGAGAAGUCAGCGCCUUACCAACAUGAUGAUCCAUGCUUUUCUUUAGCAAAUGUUCUUGAUUCAAUUAGAGAUGCCACAAAAUCAGAAAGUGUAUCCACUGAAGGGGUGUCCGGAGUGUCGGUGGAUUCAAUCGCUUUAUCUAUCUGUUACAUUGAAACAUGGAGAGUCAAUGGUCUUAGCAAAUGUCCUUCAUUCUUAAAAUGCGUGGAUUUGAUUAAUGAACUAAAGGCAACAAAAGAACAGAAAGAAAAACUUACGUCGGAGUUUAGUGAAUUGGAUAGGAUUGUUUGUACAAUCAAGGAUGCCUAUGCAUUAGAUUGGCCAAUACUCAACUGGUUUCCUUCAUCUGACACAAAUAUGAAAUCCGAUUUGUUUGAUCGUUUUAAAGGUGACCUUGAUUCAGCUGAGUUGGCAGUCGAAAAAUUACAACAGUGUAUGACGCUUAUAAAACAAGAAUUCAUCGAUAUGUGUUCGAAAUCGGAUUCAGUGAAUGAUGAUCACUUUAACAAUUCAUUAUUGCCUGUUGUAGUAUCAAAACGAGCCAAUCGUAACUUACAUCAUUCAAAGUCAAAUAUGCUGUCUGUUUUACAGCCCUCAGUUUCACCAUCUUUAAGUUCUGAUAUCUCAGCGGAUUCUAAACAACCUACAAUACUGACGUCACUGCGAUCGCAUUUGACUACAUUACAAAAAGAAAAAUUGUCUGACAUUCGACAAUUUGUUAAGUGUCUCAGCCGUUAUGAUUCUAUCCGAUCAUCUUUAUUGUCCUCCAGCCAGGUUUCAGUCAACGAAGCAUGCUCACCUGCAUCAAAUUGGAGUAUUUGGCUAGAUAAUCAUCAGAAUUGGACUACACUGGUCGUAAAUAUGCUAAAGAAUCUUUCAAAAUUAAUAACAUCAUUUUCUGUAUCAUCGAAAAGUUCCGUUUCUGAGUCAGAAUCAAUCUGUGAAGGAAUGGAUGAGACGGAAUUUGCAAUGACUGUCAAUCAAGAAUGCAUACUUGUUAAGUAUAAGCUUAUAGUGGAAUUGAUUUUACCACUCUUGGUUGAAGUUAAUGAACAUGUUACUUCCAAUUCAUAUCUAUACAAUUCCCUUAAAGGCUUUUUGCAGAUACUCAAUACGCACUUCAAAACUAUCGAGGAAACUUUCCUCAGUGAAAUUAAAGAGUUAACAAUAGAAAAUGUACAAUCAGUAAAUACAGAAAAAGUAAAACAGAAGACUGUUUCGGGAAGGUCACUGAUGAACAGGAUGGCUUUAUCUGUUUGGAAUCGAGUUUAUGAUCGUUUGCAUGGAUUCGAUUCAUUUCUUCCUAUGGCUGAUGUCAAUGAACCGAUGUCAAUAUGCACUCAAAUCGAUGCAUGCAUCCGUCAAGCCACUGAUGUGGAUAACCUCGCUCUCAUGUAUGAAGGAUGGACAGCAUGGGUGUGA